GUGCCAAAAUGGGGAAAUCUACAUGCCAACAGAUUGUCAGAGCGGCGUUACAACGCUCUGGAAAUGGCGGAAAGGCUGGAAAACAGCGAAGAAGUGUCCAAAAACACAGAAAGUGGCGCUUGUCGAGCCUCCAGAGAGGGGAGGGUUCCGUGUCCUCACAAUGACUGCCACGGCAGUGCUGUGUUUUUCCAGAGAGGUGCAGGUCUGGACGUGCACUUCCGCGCAAAACAUGGGGCAAAACCGGACGCUACUACGGAGAAGGCGGCAAAACAGAAGCUGAGAAAGUUGUGCUUCGAAGAAAUGAAGCAGAGACUGCAAGACAUCGAGGCACAGGAACAAGAAGGUCAACAGUACGAGGUGGCAUGCCCUGCUCUGAAAACCACAGUCACUGCUACCAGGCCUGAAAUGGCAGCAAAGAAGGUGGGCAUCAUUCUCUAUGCAGGUGGCUUCCUGCAUACCUAUGCAAGCAAGGCCAACUAG